UGUGGUGCAGAGCAAGAUAUAAAGAAACACUUGGGGCUCUCCUUUCACACACCUUUCACAUGCUCCAGUGAGAGGGAGGGGAGAAGGGGGCUGCUGCUGCCUUGUUUUUACAACAGAACCUGGAGAUUUCAAGCAAACAGCCCAACUACAUCCCUUCCUUUACGGUCUUGAGUCCAGUUUCCGUCCAUCAUGAUCCAGCUCACGAUCACCCCCAAAACUUCUCUGGCUGACCAGCCAGUGAAGAUCCAUGUCUCCGGCCUGGCCCCAGGGCUGCUGGUGACUCUGCAGUCAUCCCUGACAGAUGAGAGGGGUAUAACGUUCCAGGCCAGAGCCUUGUACCGGGCAGAUGAAGCUGGGCAGGUGGAUUUGGAGAAGGCUGCUGCCCUGGGCGGCGACUAUGCAGGCGUGUGGCCCAUGGGCCUCUUCUGGUUCCUCAAGCCAGAGAAGCUGUUCCAGCGGCUAAUUAAAAAGGAUGUGAUGGGCAGCCCCUUCCAGGUCCGAAUUGAUCUCUUCGACUCCUUUCUCCUGAUGCCUCAAGUCCAGGCAGAGCCUGUGGCCAGUUGCACUGUGGAGAGGUGGUAUGUGACCCCUGGCACACAGCGCAUCCCAAUCAAGGAGGGCAGAGUCCGAGGGACCCUUUUCCUGCCGCCAGGGCCAGGCCCGUUUCCAGGGGUCAUUGACAUGUUUGGUGGUGCAGGGGGGCUCAUUGAGUUCCGAGCCAGUCUCUUAGCCAGUCGGGGCUUUGCAGUCCUGGCCGUGGCUUUCUUUGCCUAUGAUGACCUGCCCCUGGUGCUGAAGGAGGUGGAUCUGGAGUAUUUUGAGGAAGCCACCAACCUACUCUUGAAGCACCCCAAGGUAAAAGGCCCAGGCAUUGGAGUGAUCGGGGUGUCCCAAGGCGGCAUGGUUGUGCUGUCCAUGGCAACCUUCCUAGAGCAGGUUGUGGCUGCUGUUUGGAUCAAUGGUGCAUCAUGUAUGUAUGGCCCCCCCUUGCGCUACAGGGACAUUUACAUCCCCGCGGUCCCCUACAUUCCUGAGAGGCUCCUCAUCACGGAAAUGGGAGCCCUGGACAACUACCAUGUCUUCGGGGACCCUCGUGACCCAGCUCAUGCAGCCUCUGCAAUUCCUGUGGAGAAAGCCAAGGGGGAGGUGCUCUUUGUGGUGGGGGAAGCUGACCGCAACUUUAACAGCAAGCUAUUUGCUGAGUUGGCGAUUGAAAGGAUGAAGAAGCAUGGGAAGAAGAACUACACCCUGCUCUCCUAUCCAGGGGCUGGGCACCUAAUUGAGCCACCAGGGUCUCCCCUAUGCAGCAUCUCAGUGAUUCGUGGGAAUCCCAAGCCUGUGCACUGGGGGGGUGAGCCGGAGGCCCAUGCCAAGGCCCAAGAGCAUUCUUGGGAGGAGAUUAUAAAGUUCCUGAAGCUUCAUCUUGGAUCCUCUGGAACUGGUAACCUGUAAUAGCUACAGGAAUGUGCUCAGGCAAGCUCUUCCUGCUGCCAAGGGCUGGGGUCUUCUCCCCCACACUCACACCUGAUUAACCAAUAAAUAAUGAAAAGAGA